GCCGAUGACGUCGGCUCUGUCAUGUGAUCAGCUGUGUCCAAUCACAGCUGAUCGCAUGUAAAUAAGGAAAUGCCGGUUCGCUGCAUUUCUCUCCUCACAACAUUACUCAGAGGGGACAUGUACACUGAUCAUCAGGGCACUGAUGAUCAGUGUGCCCUGAUGAUCAGCGUAGCCCCAUCAGUGCCACCUGUCAGUGUCCAUUAAUGCCACCUGCCAGUGCCCAUCAGUGCCACAUCAAUGCCACAUAUUAGUGCCUACCAGUGCACAUCAAUGCCACAUAUCAGUGCCCAUCUGAGCUGCCUAUCAGUGCUGUCAAUCAGU